AUGGGAAAUGAUAAUGUCAAGCCACAAGUAUUUUUAGACUAUCAAAAUGAAUAUGCAAGAUAUAAAAAACUUUAUACCCGAAUCACUAGUUGUAGUGUUGAUGUGCUUGUUGGCCGGCCUACCCCAUAUGGGAAUGGACCAAUCGGUAUCCGUGAGAUUGAUGUGCUUGUUGGCCGACCUACCUCAUAUGGGAAUGGACUAACCGAUGCACAGACGACCAGAGUGGACAAUACCUUAGGGGGUAGUGUGGACCCCACAAGGGUGGGAAAAAUCCCUCCCCACGUUUUGCAACCAAUAUUUAUACAUGCACGAGUCCCUCGUCAGUUCAAUGUAUCCCCUGCAUUGUCACACACACACACACUGAACAAUCAUUCAGAAAUGGAGUACAAUUACAUCAUCUCCUGCUUCUUGCUGGUAAUUCAGUUUCUUGUUCUGGUCACCAAAAUUGAGUCAAAAGUACCAGCAAUUGUGGUGUUUGGAGACUCCUCUGUCGAUGCUGGGAAUAACAACUUCAUUCCUACCAUUGCCAGAAGCAAUUUCAAGCCUUAUGGUCGUGAUUUUGCUGGUGGCCGCGCCACCGGUCGGUUCUCCAACGGUCGAAUUGCUACUGAUUUUAUUUCUCAGGCUAUGGGGCUCAAGCCAACUAUACCUGCCUACUUGGAUCCUGCUUAUAAUAUCUCUGCUUUCGCUAUUGGUGUCACUUUUGCUUCUGCUGCUACUGGGUAUGACAAUGCCACUGCUGAUGUUCUGUCAGUGAUACCACUAUGGAAGCAAUUGGAGUACUACAAGGAGUACCAGAAGAGGCUAAAAGCAUAUAUGGGAGAAUCCAAAGCGAGUCGAACAAUAAGCGAGGCCUUGUACAUGACGAGCAUUGGAACCAAUGAUUUCCUGGAGAACUACUACACAAUGCCAGGACGAUCAAGGCAAUAUACUCCUGGAGAAUACGAGAAUUUCCUAGUUGGAAUUGCCAAGAACUUCGUUAAGGAACUCUAUGGUCUCGGGGCUCGAAAGAUAUCGCUGGGCGGGAUUCCUCCGAUGGGAUGUAUGCCAUUAGAGAGAACCACAAACAUGGCUGGUUCAUAUGAUUGUGUGGAGAAAUACAACAAAGUUGCUCUUGAAUUCAAUAACAAGUUGAAGAAUAUGAUUGUGGAGCUGAACAAGGAACUUCCUGGGAUCAAGCUGGUUUUCUCAGAUCCUUAUUUUGUUCUGCAGAGUAUCAUAAAAAGGCCUUCUCUCUAUGGGUUUCAGGUGACUGGGGCAGGGUGUUGCGCAACAGGGAUGUAUGAGAUGGGUUAUGCUUGCGCUCGAACAAGUAUGUUCACCUGCACUGAUGCAAACAAGUACGUAUUUUGGGAUGCCUUCCAUCCGACAGAGAAAACAAAUCACAUCAUUGCAGCUUACAUGGUUAAGCAUGUUCUUGCUGAAUUUAAUGCUUGAUAUACAUACAUACAUAUAUAUAUAUAUCAAUAUAUGUACCCAAAUGUAUCUCACUCUAUCUUUACAACAACAGAGAGAGUUGCAGUAGAUAUAGAUAAAUCGUGUGUGGUGAUGAAUAUUAAGAGACUGUAAUGUAAUGUUCGAGUUAUCUUGUUGGCCAUUCUGAUUUGUUAUGGUAUCGUAGAAUGAUCACAGAAAAUGCAAACAAAUUGAAAUAUAGUAAUGAUCAAGAAACUGAGCACUUACGUAAUGUGGGGUAGCACAUGAUUAUAAUAUCUGAAGUUAGGGGAGAAAGGACCAUAUCCAACCAAGUAUAUUGCUUGCUAUGGUCAAAAAGCCAUCCAAGGACACACAGGGCACGUAAAGUCGAAACUGUUUUCUACCUGAGGUUUUCAUAGUUUACUCGAUCUUUCU